AUGGCGCCCGAGCGGGAGCUCAUCCUUCACGAGCAGGAAGAGCGCCAUGAAGCACCAUACGGCGUUGAGGGCGAUGUCCCUGGCGCUGUCCACGUACCCCGUCCUCACCCUCUCGGAGUCGAUCACGAAGCAGAGCAGCACGCAGGCCACGGAGAGGUUCGAGUCGAUGCCACCCUGCACCUCCACGGUGAAGAGUAUCCGGUCCACGGUGCGCUUUACAACAUGACGGUGGUGAGCCUGGAGUACAUCAAUGAGUACAACGUGGCCGUCACGGUCCUGCAGGCGAGCAUGCAGAGCUUCGAUGUCCUGACCCGCCUUCCCAAGCCAGGCUAUGACGGGUACCAAUACGUGGUCUACUUUGUGAACCCGACGACGAACGAAGGGCCUUCGACCAGCAUGUACAGCCCGCUGGUGCCACAGUCGCUCCUGAGCGAGGGCCUGCUCUGCCCCAACGAGAGGCGCAUGCCGGAGAUCGGCGCCAGCCUGGCAGAGGCAUGGGCUGGCGUGUUGCUGUUCAUGCGCCUGCCGCUCAAUGCGGUUGUGCUCUUCCCUGCGAUCUUCAGUGCGGGGGACUGGCCUCUCUUCACGCAGUGUGCCACCGUCACGCUUGGGAACUCGAUGCUGUUGAACUGUGGCAAGGGCAUACUGAACGUGGACCUCGCUUUCGAGGCUUGGCACCGCUCCUCCUUGUUGUAUUAUCAGUCGUUCGUCAAGAUCAUCACUUUCGGUCAGGGGCUCAGUCCAUCCUCCACCGUUUUGCUGUAUGCCAAGCAGGCGGUGAUAGGGUCGACGACGGCGGCCACCUACAUGGUCCACGGGAGCCCCGCCUUCAUGAGUAAGCUGCUGGCGUCGGUGGACUUCAACCGACCCUUCGCCGACCUGUCGCAUGCGAUGCUCUAUGCCCUGCCCCCAUGGAUACGCAUCUUCGGCAGGAUGAUGCGCUUCUCCGUCACCAGCUUCCAUAUGUUCAUGCACUUCUUGGAGAGGCUGAUCAUGGAUUAUGUGCUGAAGCUCGCUGCCGGGGAGAAGAUCGAUGCCGGCAUAUUCUCCAUCCUGACGGGCAUGCGUGGGGACAUCGAGGAUCUCAUCGUGACCCCGAACGAGCAGAUCUGCGGCGGGGUGAGCCUCAUCUUCGGGUACACCAACCCGCCCGCCACCGUCAUGCGGUACUUCUGUGAGGUUGGCGCCAAAGUCGUGCUCGACCUGUUCGACUUCCUGACCGUGUUCUUCGUCGACUUCCCCAUCGUGAACUGCAUAUGCAAGGACUCGCAGGGCGUGGUCUACUCCUCCUACCUGGAGCAGAGCUGCUACCCUUGGACUCCCGUCAGCUACCGCCCUCUCCUCAACGCCCUACUGGUGGAGUCUGCCGGGAGCCGAGCCCUGAUGUGCAGCAUGGUUGUCAACAUGACCAACAGCAACAUAUCCUCUGCGUUCGACAGCACGUUUAUGGCGCUGUACGAUGGGUACACGAGCGUGGGGUCCGUCUUCGAUUACUUCCUUAUCUUCAUGGACCCUUCCAGCGGGACCUGCAACAACUAUUACACCUCGGACUACGUCAUGUCGAUCAUGCCGGAGCCCAUCGACUACUUCACGAUGUGCUACACCACCAGGCUGUGUGAGGUGGCCUGCGGUGAGCAGUACGAUGCGUUCAAUUCCGCUCUGGUGGCGGUGUCAAAGGGGAAGGACCUCGUGUAUACCAUGAACAAGACCGUGACGGUGGAGAGCCAGUUCUUUACCGCGGACGGCGAGUACUAUGGGACGAACAGGCUUCCCUUCGAUAUAUUCUCGGUGGUAGAGUUGUCGGGGUGCAACCGUGUUUGUUACGGUGACAUCGCCCAGUCCGGUGCCCCGAGCCAGCCCGAUCGCUGCAUCUCUGCGGUUGGGCUCGACUCGAGCCUGAGCGUCGUGGUCAAGGCCUACUGCCUCCCCUCCAGCCUGAAGACGGGGUUCCGUCCCGCCGCGACUGUGACGGACGGCAGCUUUCCGCAUGGGAUCGAUUACAAGGUCGCUGGCAGCUCGUCUUGGUCGGGGUCGAUCAUGAGGAUGCAGUAUGUUAGCAUCAACCUCGUCGACUCCAUAGGCCAUAGCAACAUUGUGGUGGUCGCCACGUCGAAGAAUGUAUCUCUGAUCAGUGACCAACAACAGAGUUAUACACUGCUUCAGACCAUACCGAGCUCGCAGAAGGCGGUACAGCUGACGGAUGUGUAUAGCAUCGACGAGGUGCAGAGCUUCCCGGACGAUGGGGUGGCGGACAUCUUCGUUCAGGCGACGACGACGACGUGGGAUGCAUCCGGUAGCCCCAGCACCGGCCCCGUGUGCCUGCAUAUCGCGCUGAACACACAGACGUUUGCCAACCUCGUUCAGCUCAAGUCUUCUGCCUACACCAUCAGCAAGUGCUCUGCCUCCAACAAUGUCUUCUCCAAGGUGACGACCCCCUACGUGACCUGCCUGGGACACGCGUGCUCCGGUGUGGCCCUCUUCCCCACCAACGACGGCUAUCCCGUCACUGUUUGCGAUAGGAAAGUCGCGAGCCCAACCCGCCGGCAGAUCUCCAUGACGCAGGACAAUGUCUUCAUACGCCAAUCACCCAAGCUGGCACAGAACUCGCUCACGGGCUGGAACGGGGCCGGUCAGCAGAGCUCGAUGACGAUCUUCGCCGUGGCGGACCAGAAGGUGACGACGACCUGGCUCUCGGACAUCCGUCUCGUUGUGAAUGCGGGGGUGUGGAAUGGCACACGGUCCUACUCCUCCUCCUACCAGAUGCUCACGACCCUGAAGAAGAAUUGCAGCGUGAGCGACUGCACCGGUUGCAUGGGCUACCCCACGCUGCAGAGCCUCUGCUACGCAGCCUCCCAGUGUGCUGUGGCCAGGUGCAUAGGCACCGAGGUCAACUUCCAGCGGCCCCUGUGUGCCAUGGGAUCCGUGGUGUCGAAGAUGCUGCGCCAGAGCCUCAUCACGAUGCAGAACGUGUACCUCAUCUUUGCGCAGAGCAUGGCGCUGAUCGUCGACGCAUCCACGGGGCAGAUCACGAACAGGGUGGUGAUCGAGUGGCCGGACCAGGUGUUCUUCUCCGCCAUGUGCGACAUGAAGGAUGUCACCAUCUCCGCCGUGGGCAUGCUCAUGUCGCUCAUCAACGGGAUCACGAUGAAGGCACAGCAGGUGCUCAGCUCGUCGCAGGUGGCGCUCGUUCCCACGGACCCCACAUUCAACGCCAGGGCCACGCUUUCGAUGGCGAGCAUGACAAACCUCUUCUCGCAGAUCCUUCUCCUCCCUAUCUAUGGCGCCGUAGCCUCGCAGAAGACCUUUGUCUGCACGACCAACUCCCUGACGGCGGUAUUGAACACCGACCUCCUGGGCAACUUCCAGCUCGUCAUCGGCGACCCGAGCAUACAGGCGGUCAGCGGGGAUGUGGCAGGGGUAUGCCUGACGCAGGUCUUCAACCAGGACGUCCAGAACAUGGCGCUUGGCGGGGCGAGCAACACCCUUGGCUCUGCCGUUGCCCAGGUGGCAGAACCCACCGCCUCAUAG